UUGACAUUGUUCCUUUGAUAGCGUGGGCGUCUUAUAUAGUAGCAUCUGCCCCUCCGAACAUCUACUCCGACGCCGCUCCGACUGCAACAUCUUCCACUACUCGACAGACUGACUUCUUUCUGGCCUCUAUUGGAUAGAGCAAUUCUCUAGGAUAUUGUCUGAUAUCUGUCUAUCUAAUUGUUAUAUAUUCACCUCUUCACUGCGGUUUCCAUUGCUCCUUGAUACCCCUCGUCUGAAAUUGCCCCGCGCUGAUCGUCAAGAUGGAUCUUGUUAACCACCUCGAAGGAAGACUCCUCUUCGCCGUCCCCAAGAAGGGCCGCCUCCAACAAGCAACCCUCGACCUCCUCGCCGGCUGUGACGUGCAAUUCCGCCGCGAAACUCGCCUCGACAUCGCUCUCGUCAAGAACCUCCCCAUCGCCCUCAUCUUCCUUCCCGCCGCCGAUAUCCCUACCUUCGUCGGUGAAGGCCGCGUCGACAUCGGAAUCACAGGCCGCGACCAGGUCGCCGAGCACGAUGCCCAGCUACCCCGCGGACAAGCCUCGAGCGUUGAGGAGAUCAUGGAUCUUGGUUUCGGGGGGUGCAAGUUGCAGGUGCAGGUGCCGGUGAAGGGGGGCUUUGAGAGUGCCAAGGAUUUGAUUGGGAGGAAUGUGGUGACUAGUUUCACGGCGCUUGCGGGGCAGUUCUUUGCGGGGCUUGAGGGCGAGGGUGAUGCUAGUAAGAAGACCAACAUUAAGUAUGUUGGGGGGAGUGUUGAGGCUGCUUGUGCGCUGGGUGUUGCCGAUGGCAUUGUUGAUCUCGUUGAAUCCGGCGAAACCAUGAAAGCCGCCGGCCUCAAGGCCAUCGACACCGUUGUCGCUAGCACCGCCAUCCUCGUCAAAUCCAAAAACACUACCAACCCCGUCGUGGACCUCCUCACCUCGCGUGUCCGCGGUGUCAUCACAGCCCAGAAAUACGUCCUGUGCCAGUACAACAUCCCCCGCGGCGAACUCGCGACUGCAUCGAACAUCACCCCCGGCAAGCGCGCGCCUACCAUCACCGCUCUUGAAGAGGAGGGUUGGGUUGCUGUUAGCUCGAUGGUGGAGAAGAAGAACAUUGCGACUGUUAUGGAUGAAUUGAGUAAGGUUGGGGCGUCGGAUAUUUUGGUCUUGAACAUUGCCAAUUCGCGGACGGGUUGAGCUCUUUUUCUGGGGUUUGGUUUUUUUGGUUGCG